GAAUGAAUUAACGGAUGGUCGAUGUGGCGGCGAUGUAGCUGUAAAGCGAAUGUGCUCCCCCCAAUGCGAAGACAGCACUGAGCGAUACCAGUACCUUGUCAAUCCGACAAUCUCUCAUUAUAUUUCCACAGCGAGAGACAGAAGUAGCCAUCUAGCCAGCUAGAGAAAGAACGAAGAGUUGACCAUGACCAACAACAGCUACAACAGUCGCAACGUCAGCCUGGAUCUGUCUCAUCCAGACUCUCUUCGCGCCAUGGCUGUCUUGUGCACCAACAAGGCCCGGAAGCAAAAGAUCAAGACUAUCACGCUCCAUGUGUCGUCGUCAUCACAGCAGAGUUUAACAGCCGAUUGGAACUGCAACAAUUGCGAGGAUGACCACAUCACGAUGGAUGCACAGUCCAUGUUGGCCGUCUUUACCAUGUUGGGUAGCUUCCCGCAGUUGCGUCAAGUCACGGUGGAUUUGGACCUUGGAACGUUGCCCGUGGGAUCUCUGUCCGUGCUCUUGGAAGGAGCGCAAGGACUUCAAAUACUCGAGUUGCGACGCGUAUCCAUUCCAACGGUAGUAGGACGUGACCUGCACAAGAUUCUGCGUCGCGCUACAUCCCUUGACACAUUGACGUUGCGGCAGUGCCAAGGAUAUUCUGCAGUGCAAGCCUUUUUGACUCAUUUGCCCAAUCUCAAGCACUUGGAGUUGAUUGGGACCAAACUGAGUCCCCAAGGGACGCUGACGGCCGGUCUGUUGCUCCGCACGUGCCAAAAUUUGCAACGAUUGCGACUCGAAGAUGUACCUGAUCUGCGAGACGAACACAUUCAGACAUUGGCAGCGUCCUUGGCGGUGGAUGGGGACAGCAGUGCCACUCUUCGAGAAUUCCAUUUGUCUUCGGUCAGUCUGGGCGACGUGGCAGGCCAAGCCAUGGCCAUGUUGCUACAAACCACGCGCUUUUUGCAAAAGGUAACGCUCGAAUUGGGAUACUGGAGCCAGAGUGGCGUUUCCAUGGCGCAGAUUCUGCAGCAGUCCACCAACCUACAGCACAUCCAGCUCUUGCUCCCCGGUCGCAAUCAAGCAUCCGUGGAACACAAGGCUCGAGGAGUCUUGGCGGCAUUGGCCACCCAUCCAGGUGUCACACACUUGAAGCUGACACUGCAUCAUACAAGCUGCAGUCAAAAUGUGGUUGCUAUCGAAGAAGAUGAUCGCAACAACGUCAUGGACUCUUCUUCUAGCAGCAGCUGUCAUGGCGUCAGCGACAGUGUCUGGGAAGCACUGGAAGAAAUGUUGGCUCACAAUCACACACUGGGAAGUGUCAUUGUGAUGGACACUUGCUUUCAAGUUAUGGAAUUGCCUCCUGCCAUUCAAGCAACGUUGGACCGGAACCGCGCUGGACUCUCCCGACUUUUGUUUGGUGAUGAUUACUACGGCCAGGACAAUGACGUUGAUGAAGGUCGGUUUCAUGCCGACUACGCGAAUGCCGUUAUCAACCACAAGGACAAUCUGGAUUUGGUCUACUUUGCUCUCUCCAAUCAUCCGACCAUUCUCAGUCUAUGUACUGGUACUGCAGAUCAACAACAUGACGACAUGGAGGCUUCCUCUCCAGAACAACAGGCACAAGACAAGACCACACGAAGGAAUGCACCUCUUUCUCCCCCCUUCUUCCUCCCUCAUAAGAGCAAACCACCGAGUCCGGGUUCCAGCAUUUCACCAAACAAACUCCUGCGACAAGGAGUCCGACGACUUGCCCGAGGGCGAUGGCCUCGCAGCAAGACAACUGGCAGUAGUCGUCGGACUCCUACCAACACCAUUCGGUCACUGUAAAUAUAAUAUAGGAAACGUUUCUUUCC